AUGAAGUCCGCUAUCUAUCUUGGCGUUGGCCUUCUCUCUGGUGCCAUGGCCCAGAACAACCUCGCCGGCUGCGGUACCGGCUGCAUCCAGAGCAUGCAGGGCCUUGCCUCCGACCUUGGCUGCACCGCUGGUGACACUGCCUGCCUCUGCCGCAACCCCAACUUCACCUAUGGCAUCCGCGACUGCUCUUUCCAGUCCUGCCAGGAGUCUGGUGAUGCUCAGCAGGCUGUUGCCGCUGGUGUUGAGCUCUGCCGCCAGGCUGGUGUUGCUGUUGAGGUCACCCCUGGUGUCACUGUCACCCAGCCCACUGGCACUGCGAUCGUCACGGCCACUCCCGUUGUCUCUUCGGUCUUCUCUGUCAUCACCUCUGGUGGCAGCACCUUCUCCACCUUGGUCGGAGAGACCACUGUCACUCCUGCUGCCUCUAGUGGUGGCGAGACCGCGACCCCUAGCCCGGUCACGACCUCGACCUUCACCACUGUCAUCACCAGUGGCGAGUCUGUCAUCACCUCUGUCGGCGAGACCACCAUCUUCGGUGUUGGCGGCGUCCCCGGCGCUUCCUCCAUCCCUGCCUCGGCUGUCACCACCGCUCCGGUUGUUAGCACCAUCACCAGCGAUGGCACUGUCAUCACCUCCGUUGUUGGCUCGACCACCGUCUUUUCCUCACUCACUGGUUCUGAAGCUUCUGGCGCUCUCUCCAGCCAGGCCAGCGAGGCUUCCGAGUCCGCUACUGACACUGACACUGCCACUGCUACCGAGACUGCCACCGAGACCGAGACUGCCAACCAGUCUGAGACUGGCUCGGCCACCAGUGCCUCUGAGAGUGGCAAUGCUGCCAAGCAGACUGCUGUCCCGGUUGCUGGCUUCCUGGCCGCUGCCGGCUUCGCCGCCAUGCUCAUCUAA